ACUGUCAAACAGCUGUCAAGAGUGCAAACCAAACACAGCAAAUUUUGAUUUCAAACCUUUCUUGCUCGUUUUUCUUCUUCAAUAUUAAUAUUAAUCCAUUUAUACAAAUUAAUUUAAUCUCAAUUCAGUGCCGGUCAUUAUCAGAUAAUGACUAUACACCGGAGUCGCCGGGUAGAACCGACAAUCGAAUAGUCACUUUCAUUUUUGUGUAACAAAAUUUGAAUUUCACUUCUAAAUUCGUCCUCAAAACCUGAUUUUAUUGUAAUUUUAUUGCAUUAGUUAGUCCGUAUUCGCACACCGGUCGGCGAACGUCCGGACGUGCAUAAUUUCGUCACUUAUAUCUAUUUUUUGGUAACAUCACAGUGAUUUUAAAAUUGUUUUAGUGUAUUUAUUUUUUGUGCCAUCAAUUUCCUAUUAAAACUCAUCAUGGGAAGAAUACACGGUGCAUUUAUCACAGUUCCUCUGUACACUUUGGUCAUCCUCCUCCUCGGCGCGUACAUGGCAGCAGCCGUGCUGGCAGUGCACGUGGUGGUGGUGCCGCUCGUCUUCAAGUACUCCAAGAUAUUCCAGCGGAGCCUCAUCUUUGGGAACUUUGUGCAAUGGCCACUACGCAUAGACCACGAGGACCCGUCGUCAAGCGGCAUCGAUGGCGCUCGCAACUUGAGAGUCGAGUUCCAGUCGAAGAUCGACCACUGCGCCAUCAAAUUGGGAGUAUGGCACAUCCUGCCACAGACGGUCCACGACAGACUGAGCGAGGCCUUCGAGAGAACGGACAAAGAAGAAUUGCAUCGAAUGUUGGACGAUGAACUUGUCAACUCCAAGACGCCGAUAGUGCUGUAUUGUCAUGGAAACUCAAACUCGCGAGGCGCCGCACACAGAAUCAAAAUGUACAAGUUUUUGAAGAAGAUGGAGUUCCACAUCAUUGCUUUCGACUACAGAGGCUACGGAGACUCCACAAACGUGUAUCCGAGUGAGCUGGGAGUGGUGGAAGACGCUCUGAUGGUGUACGAGUGGCUUCUGAACGCGUUGUCCCGCGGUCGAGUCCCGCCGCCCGUCUAUGUGUGGGGACAUUCAUUAGGUACAGGAAUAACAUCACAUCUCCUAGGCAACCUAGACGUGUUAUCCCGCCGUCUGCUGGGCCGGCCGCCGCUGCCGCUGCCCCAGGCGCUGGUGCUGGAGGCGCCGUUCAACAACCUGGCUGAUGAGGUGAAGCACCAUCCGGCUGCUAGGGUUUCUCUGGUAAACUGGCUGCCCUACUUCGACCUAACAUUCGUGGCUCCGUUCCGCGUGGCGCCACAACACACGUUCCGUUCAGACGAGUACCUGAGCCGAGUGAAGACCCUACCAGUGCUUAUACUGCAUGCUAGAGAUGAUACUAUUGUGCCUUUUGAAGUUGGCGUUCAGCUCUACGACGACGUGCUCAAGUCUCGCUCAAGCGGCGGCGCGCCCGUCGUGAUGCACGCGUUUGAUGAGUCGCAGAGCCUCGGACACAAGUACAUAUGUGAUGCCGACAACUUGGAGGAGGUUUUUAGGAACUUCACUGCUUUGAUUCACUGAAACUGCACAAAAAUACUCAAAAACUGUGAAGAAAUAAUCACAAUUACAGGAACAAAGAAAUUAAUUACACUAUUAC